UGACUUUACAUAAGCAAACAUUUUCAUUCAUCAUUGAGUUGAACGUUCUUGGAAGAAAAAAUUCAAUUAAUUUCAUCAUCGCAUUUGCGAAGUUCGUAUACAAAUCAAACGGUUGGCGAUUGGAUAACAUCUCUGCCAGAAGAUAAACAAAAGAGGGUUAGAUUCAUUCAGAAUGAAAUAGCAUUGAAACUGGCAGAAGAGCAAAGGAUGCCACAACUUCAGAUGUUAACCAAAGCCGAUUAUGAGGAAAUGUUGGAGAUGUCAAACAAUCGACGACAAAAGGUGUGGCGUGCAAUGAGACACCAUGAACAAAGUCGAACCACGAACUUCGAUAUUUGGCGCGUCAAAUUAAAUAUUCCUUCUGUGAAAAGUAAUGAAAUAAACACAAAAAUCCAGUAAAUAUCAGAAGCGUUAUGUGAUGUAAUAAGCAUUUGAAUGAUCGAACCCUGCGCCGUAAUCGACGUGAGCUGUCAUUGAACAAUACAUUAUGUCAAAGUGUAACACGUGCAUAGGCUAACCUUUUUAUUCAUUCAUCAUUGAUAGAACAUUAAUUCAUUGAAAAAAAAAUGAUCCGAUUCGUAUUAAAAGAAUUUUUGAGACCAAUUCAAUUAAUUUCGUCAUCGCAUUUGCGAUGUUCGUAUACAAAUCAAACGGUUGGCGAUUGGAUAUCAUCACUGCCAGAAGAUAAACAAAAGAGGGUUAGAUCCAUUCAGAAUGAGAUUGCUCUAAGGCUGGCCGAAGAGAAAAAGAUGCCACCACUAGAAAAGUUAACGAAAGCCAAUUAUGAGGAAAUGUUGAAGAUGUCAUAUAAUCGACGCCAAAGUUAUUACUUUUAUUUGUAUCAAUCAACAAUGGGCAGUUUACAGAACGAAAUAAGGAAUACGAUAGCAACGAGUGUCUUUGAUGAAAAGAAGCAACUGGGAACAUGUGGUCCACCGAAAACCGAUCAUAUUCGAUAUGGCCUAGGACAUAAUACACAAUUUUUGAAAAUUAGAAGAGAAACAAUGACUAAAUGGAGAAAUUUGAAAUUGUGGCGUGCGAUGAGAAUAAAUGAACCAGCUCUAAUAUUGGACUGUGGUUUCAAUGACAGAAUGACGGACCAGGAAAUUCGAGAUUUAGCGCGACAAAUUAAAUAUUCCUUCAGUGAAAAUCGAUUAGAUCGUAAACCAUUUGUACUGAAUUUGUGUAACAUGAACACAAAUUCAAAGCUAAGGUAUGAAUUGUCAAACAAUAUGCCCAAAUUUGAUAAAUUACCGUGGAACAUUUCGCCAAACGAUAUAACGGAUGUGUUUCCAGUUGAAAAACUAGUUUAUUUAUCACCGGAUGCACCAGAUGCACUGGAACAAUUUAAUGCCGAUGAUUGCUAUGUCUUGGGAGCUAUUGUUGACAAAGGAAAUCGACAACCAUUGACACUGGCCAAGUCGAAGCGACUGGGAAUUCGUGCAGCACGUUUGCCAUUAGAAAAAUAUAUUAAAUUCAAUUCACAUAAAACAUUGACACUGGACCAAAUGACACGAAUUAUGCUUGAAUGGAAACGAACCCAGGACUGGAGAAAGGCGCUACAAUAUGUACCGGCUCGAAAAGUUUCCGGUUAAAUUGUACAAAAAUCGACAAUUAAAAUUAAUUUGAAGCGAAAUUAGGGUAAAAUUCUCAUGUGAAAAAAUUAAAUUUUAUGAAGUAUAAAAAUGUUACAGACAUUUGAUAAAUAAAAUUACCGAAUUAAA